CUCACUCCCUUCGCCGCCCCGAUCUGACCCAAAGCGAUGGCUCGGGUGAGCGAUGAUGCACGUCAGAUGCUGGAGGGCAGCUAUGUAUACUGGAUGGCUUUGGACGACACCGUGCAGCGCGGUGAUUUGGGCGUGGUCGGGUCUGUGUGGGACUGCGAGGCCGGUGAACGCUACGUUCAUUUCGCAAACUGGGAAGGGACGAUGCCAGAGAGGCAGCUGAACAUGUGUAACUUCCAAAAGGGCACGCUGGUCCACUUGAGCAAAGAAGGGCUGCACUCUGCGGUCGGCGAAGUGGUGCUUUGGGAUGAGGGAAAGUUGGUGGUAGACGUUCUGGGCGAGAAGGUCAAAGUGCCGCCCACCCACCUGAUCCGCUGUGACUUCCAGAAGCACUCCACAGUCCACGUGUUGUCAAAGCCGGAGGCCAGUGACAAGGUUUAUCAGAUCGGCGAAGGACUCUAUUCACUUGCUGGAGGGCUCCGUGAUGGCAAGCUGAUCCUGAACACGAACGAUGGUUACGACUUUUUCGAUCCAGAGCAGUUGGCACUGGCGAAGAUCCAGAGGGGUGACUACGUCAUCGCCCCCAAUGGGCAAACAGGCUGGGCCCGGGGCAUCGAUGCCGACCGGCUCCACUUCAGCGUGCAGUUCGAAGGCUUCGCAGAGGCGAGCUUCGCUCCAUCGGAGCUGCGGCGCAGCCCCCUGCAGAAGGACACGUUGGUGACGUGGACGCUUCACUAUGAGGACGUUCCCAAGGGUACCGUGGGAGAGGUGCAGACUUUGAACAUGAAGGAUGGAAGGAUGAGGGUCCGGUUCCCCAAGGGAACAUGGAACUUCCGAGUGUCACAGUUGAGACCUCUGCGCUUUCAACCCGGGGACUAUGUGCAGUGGAAGAAGCAUGAUGAAGAUAUUCCUGAAGGUGACAUUGGUGAAGUGGUGAGACUCAAGGAGAAUGGAAAGAUCUACAUCCAGUGGCCCAAGUGCUUGUGCAGUUUCUGGCCCAGCAGUUUAAAGUUGCUUCCAGCGACGGGAUCUGGUCCAUUGGGCCUCUGCGGAUGAUGACAUCCCCACAGGAAGUAUUGGACGAGUGCGGGGCAUCAAAUAUUCCGAUGGGGGCUCGCGACUCUAUGUGAACUUUCCCAAGGGAGCUUGGGCCUUCUCUCCUGGUGAUUUGACCAGCGCCAAUUGGACCACUGCCGGCAUUCAUCGCCUCAAGAUGUUCGAUGCCUUGGACAAGGACGAGAAUGGCUCUCUUUCGGUGGAGGAGUUUGUGGACUAUGUCUUUCAGGAUGCAGAUCGGGAGAUCACCGAUGGCUUCCGCGAGCACGUUGGGCUUGAAAAGCCUGGAACAAGUUGAAAAGUGCUCGCGUUUUCUUGGGCGUCUCUGCAUUUUGCAAGAUGUCGUUCUGAGAUGCCACGUUUACAUCUACAUACCCUGUUUACGGCUGCAAUUCUGAUCAAUUCUUCAGAUUGAAUGCCAAACAGUUUCACCGGCUGAUCCAACUGAAAUUGAAUUUAAAUGCCCUCGCCAUCGAAGAAAAA